UCCUCUCUCUCUCUCUUCCCCCAUCUCCGGCCACAAUUACUUCCCAGGGCUCCUUUCCCGCCUCUCAUGGCGGACCAACUCCUCUCCACGGGGCCCCCCCGCCGGACCCUCCCUGAGAGCUACGUCCGGCCGGAGUCUGAGAGGCCCCGGCUCGCCGAAGUCGAGAGCGACACGAACAUUCCUGUUAUCGACCUCGGCGCCGACAAUGAAUCCCAUAUCAUCUCCCAAAUCGGCGCCGCGUGCCAAUCCUAUGGCUUCUUCCAGAUCGUGAACCAUGGGAUGGCUAUUGGAUUGAUGGACGACAUGGUGGAGAUUACCCGGGAAUUCUUCAGCCUCCCUCCGGAAGAGAAGGCGAAGCUGUACUCCGAUGACCCUGCAAAAAAAAUCAGGUUGUCGACGAGCUUCAAUAUCCGGAAGGAGAAAGUCCACAACUGGAGAGACUAUCUCCGGCUUCACUGCUAUCCUCUGGAGGACUUCGUGCCAGGGUGGCCUUCCAAACCCCCUUCGUUCAGGGAAGUGGUGAGCAGCUAUUGUAGGGAAGUUCGUCAUCUAGGCUUCAAAAUCCUUGGGCUAAUAUCUUUGAGCCUGGGUUUGGAGAAGGACUACAUUGAGAAGGUUCUUGGCGAGCAAGAACAACACAUGGCCAUUAACUACUACCCGCAGUGCCCGGAGCCUGAGCUCACAUAUGGCCUACCAGCCCACACUGAUCCAAAUGCUGUGACGAUUCUUCUUCAGGACCAGAAGGUGGCUGGCUUGCAGGUUCAGAGGGAUGGCAAAUGGAUCAGAGUGGAUCCCCACCCCAAUGCUUUUGUGAUCAACCUAGGCGACCAAAUACAGGCAUUAAGUAAUGGUAGGUACAAGAGCGUUUGGCAUCGGGCGAUAGUCAAUUCAGACAAGGAAAGGAUCUCGGUGGCGUCUUUCCUUUGUCCAUGUAACAGUGCAGCCAUCAGCCCUGCAAAGAAACUCACCGGAGAGGGAUCCCCAGCCGUAUAUAGGAGCUACACAUAUGACGAAUACUACAAGAAGUUUUGGAGCAGCAACUUGGAUCAGGACCAUUGCUUGGAGCUCUUCAAAACCUAGCCGCAUCCACCAUGCUGUCCACAGUCAAUGUUUAUACUUCGUUGCGAUCGACAUGUGAGAGUUUGCUAUCAACACACAUCAUCAACUCCAGAAGCUUCCCCACUGUUUCUCCCCCAUGUGCUCAGACCAAGUUAUCCAACCGUCACUCAAAACGUUUCAAGCUGAAAUGUUUCAACUACCUUAUAACAGCAGGAACGGAUUCUGGUGCUGUAACAGAAAGUUAAACAGAAUCCGUUGUGUACUGUUGAGCUUCAAAACAACUCUGUAAUGAGCUCUAUAUAAGCUCAUGAAUUCCGACUGACCAUGGUAAUAAAAUGAUACCAUUUAUCCCAUCA